AUGGCCAAGCAGCAUCAGCUUAUCGGUGCAGAGAUGAAGUCUGAACUCGAAGAACCACUAGCUGCCUUUACUGGUGGAAUGAAGGAGCGCCGGAAGAUUAUACAAAAUACUGUCGAGAAAUUACUCAAGGUCAAGAUGCAACAGACACAACAAGUCAACAAGACAAGAGACAAGUAUGAGCAAGAGUGUUUAAAGAUCAAAGGCUACCUUGCCCAGGGCCAUAUGGUCAUGGGCCAAGAAGAACGUCGCAACAAAGCCAAGCUAGAAAAGACACAGAUUGCUCUCGCAGCUUCCAGCACCGAAUACGAAAACGCCGUCAAAGCACUCGAGGAUACGACAGCCCGAUGGAACAGAGAAUGGAAGGCGGCUGCCGACAAAUUUCAAGACCUCGAAGAAGAGCGUCUGGACUUUACUAAGAGCAGUAUGUGGACAUUUGCGAACAUUGCCUCAACGGUAUGUGUUAGCGAUGAUUCGUCAUGUGAAAAGAUUCGACUGUCUUUAGAGGUUAUGGAUGUGGAGAAGGAUAUUAUCACCUUUAUCACGGAGAAGGGGACCGGACAAGAGAUCCCAGAUGCACCCAAGUACAUCAACUUUUGCCGUGGGGACGUGACAGACAACCAGUCUGAGACGUCAGAGGACGACAACUACUCAGUAGCCCAGUUCCCUCGCAUGAUCAACCCUGCUUUCAGAUCGUCCUCUCCUCAACCAUCAACCUUUGAGUCGCAUCAUGACCCGAACUCUGCAUUGGCAAAGGAGCUGGCACACAAGGAUAACGCCCCGGCCAAGCGCGAACCCAAUGCUCCAGUUCAGAAGUCGGCCACGCUGCCUCCUGACGAUAUACUGCAAAUUGGUCCUCAGAAGACCCAGCCCCAACAGAUCCAGGCGGCUCCUCAGCAACGUCAACAACACCAACCCCAGAUGCAACAUUCCUCCCAACUACAGCAUCCCUCCCAACUUCAACACCACUCUCAGCUUCAACGACCCUCCCAGAUGCAGCGUCCGUCCCAGUUACAACACCCCUCUCAGCUGCAGCACUCUUCUCAACCACAUCAUCCUUCACAACUGCAGCAUCCUUCUCAGCUACAACACCCUUCUCAAUCGCAGCGUUCUUCUCAGCCACAGCGUCCUUCUCAGCAUCCCGCUCAACUGCAGCAUCAACCUCAACAACAAUACUCUCCGCAACGCCAGCACCCUUCUCAGCAGCCCCCCCACAGCGCGGAUCAUCGUAUGCAACAGCAAAUGAGACCGUUGGAGAUGCGACCUGCAGACAUGAGGAACGCAAAUAUGCGACAGCACGAACCCAGACCUUCUUUGGAAAUGCGUUAUUCUGGAGAAGUGCGACCUUCGAUGCAAUCUCGACCUAGUGUCGACACAAGACAGGUACCGGAUGCCAGAACUUCUUUGGAGCUACGAAGGCCUAUUGAGGACCCCUCCCGCCGUCAGCAACCUGCAACCUAUACUGCAUAUGAUGCUAACCAGCACGGUGCGGUUUCGGCGGUUCCCCAUGAUCCCUAUGCCGCGGAGGGCAUGACUAUGCUCUGCAGGACUGGCCCAAGCCCGAUCUCAGAUCACGAUUCGCAGGUAACAUCGGCUCGACCUUCGAGUAGGGACUCGCAUAGUGAUUACUCGAACCCGAAUUCGUUCUCUAGCGUCGAACCCCCGAGUGGUAAGACCUCGCCUGUUAAGCAGGAUCCCAUCAGACAGGAUCCAGCUCCCGCUCCCGCGCCAGCUCCUGUACAAACACGAGCACCUCCACCUGUUACAGCGCCUGCGCCUGCUCCCGUACAGGCACGCGCACCGGCACCAGUUGCAGCACCAGCGCCAGUUCCUGUGCAAGCGCGCGCAUCAGUCCCAACGCCAGUACCGGCUCUCACUCCAGCUCCUAAGCCAGCCCCAGCUCCAGUUGCUGCCGCCUCUGCACCCACACCCUCGGCCGUCACCCCUGCUACCAGUCCUGUUAAACUGGUUGCUAAGAAGAAGAGUGGCGGCUUCCUCAAGAAUCACAGUCCUUUUAGACGCAAGAGCCAGAAGGAACUCCAGCAGCCAAACAGGAACACUUGGCACGCAUCAAACACUCCAAGCUUGAGCAGCCCAGUUCGCAGAGCCCAGCCGCAGACUCACGAGCCAACAAACAAUGUGGUGACUCAAGAACGUACUCAGAGUCCUGAACCAAUUGACGCCAACGCCAGUCUAGCUCUUGGUGUUGGGCAGAAUGUCUUCCCAGUGUCAACCCCUGACACGAAAAAGAAGCCCGGUGCUGCCGCAGCUCAAGAGCCUGCAGAAGAGAUGGACCCCAUCGCACUUGCCCUUGCGGAACUUAAGGGCGUUACCUUGGGCAAGAAUUCCUCGAUGAGGGUCUCAGCUGAUCAUUAUUCUGGCAUUGCUACCCCAGCAUCGGGUUCUGAAGCCGCCUCGCGGCAAGCUUCUGCCACUCGGCCAGCACCAACUCCUUCGAACCCUGAUAUCGCGGCGGCAAAGAGAGGAACGCCCCCACCAUCGUAUCAAACACCGACAUCACGCUUGGGCGUUCCACCGCCUGCCGUCACUUCAAGGGCGAUGAAGGAGGCCACGAAGAAGGCUACGUCGCAAACACGCAGCAUGUUCGAGAAUGGAGGUAGCACACCAGGAACAUUUAACAGCACUUCGUCGAGAACCAAUACUCGUGCCACGGAAGCCAAACGAGCAGAGCCAUCUUUGAGCCAAAGUGUUCCACCAACUGCUUCACGACCCACCACUAGAACUGCUACACACGGUAGGGGCUUCAAUGCCAGCCCCCUUUCACGGCCCGGCACGAGAGGAAGCGAUAUGUCGCGCGGAGGAUCUGGUAUUUACGGCACAUCACCAGGCUCACGACCAGGCACUAGAGGCACCGAUAUGCCCAGAGCUACCUCGCCAGCUCCAGCUCCAGCCAGGAGUGUCUCCCCCCAACCACCGAUUAACGACAACAUGAGUUAUAGAUCGGUAUCUCCAAACCCUUAUGCGGCUAGCCAACGCUCACCCUCCGUUAUGAGCUCACCACAGAAGCACGGCUCUGCUCAAGGUUACUACCCUCAAUCCCCGGCCAGUCGUGGGCCCUCCCCUUCACCCUACGGUCAGCAGAGCCGACCUGGAAGCGGCUAUGCAGGCAGCGAUAUGGCAAUUCAACUGGCGCCGGUUUCGGAUCCUUAUGGUUCUGUGAGAAGUGGAGGCAGCCGCCCUGCUUCUAGGGCCAACAGCUACUACGAUGAUGGUAGCACCCGCCAGCGCAGCCAGAGUGUUGCUGAUCCUUCACGACUGUACACUCCUGACGGCAGAGCUAUUCUGCAUUAUGCACGCGCUCUGUACAUGUACCAAGCCGCCAUUCCCGAGGAGCUGGGCUUUGCCAAGGGCGAUUAUCUUGCCGUCCUGCGUCACCAAGACGACGGAUGGUGGGAGGCAGAAGUCCAUGGCGGAGAUGGAAGCGUUGGGCUGGUCCCAAGUAACUACCUUGCGGCAUGCUAA